UCAGUUUCUAUGUGGGACACUUCCAGCCAGGUUUGCAGAUGGAUUAUAUGACUCCUAUAUGAGGAUAGAUCAGAUUAGGUACCAAGAGUCUACAAAUGAAGAACACAACCCCUCAGGACUUCCUUCCCUUGGAAGAUCCAAUGUUUCUAGCCACAAACUUGCAAUGAAGGAUCACCCUCUGACUGGAAGUCAGGUCAAAGUUGAGCAAUUAUUUGAGGACUCUGGCAACAGAAGGAGUAGCACUCUUCAGUCUGCAGGAAUUAAUAGUUCGGAAAGAUCUCUUCCUUCCCUGACAAAAGAUAAAAGUAUAGACAGCUUAAGCACUUCUAAAUGUGCUGGUAGUUCCUCAAAAGCACACAAAGCCAUUUCCCAGGCUCCAGAGCAAGCUGUCAAACAGUACAAACAUCAGUUAUCUGCUUAUGAGCAGCAAGAGAUAUUUAAUUUUUCUGAAAUUUACUUUGUGGGUCCAGCUGCAAAAAAGAGGCAAGGAGUAAUAGGUGGCCCCAACAACGGAGGUUAUGAUGAUGAUCAAGGUAGCUACAUUCAUGUGCCCCAUGACCACCUUGCUUACCGGUAUGAAGUACUCAAAAUUAUUGGAAAGGGCAGUUUUGGACAAGUUGCUAAAGUCUAUGAUCAUAAACUCCACCAACACUUAGCCUUAAAGAUGGUUCGCAAUGAAAAGAGAUUCCAUCGCCAAGCGGCAGAAGAAAUCCGGAUUUUGGAGCAUCUGAAGAAGCAGGAUAAAACUGGUAGUAUGAAUGUUAUUCACAUGUUGGAAAGCUUCACUUUUCGUAACCACAUCUGUAUGACCUUUGAACUCCUGAGUAUGAACCUGUAUGAGUUGAUUAAAAGAAAUAAGUUUCAGGGGUUCAGUAUCCAACUGGUACGCAAAUUUGCCCACUCUAUACUGCAAUGUUUGGAUGCUCUCUAUAGAAACAAAAUCAUACACUGUGACUUGAAGCCAGAAAACAUCCUCCUAAAACAGCAAGGGAGGAGUGGAAUCAAGGUCAUAGAUUUUGGGUCCAGCUGUUUUGAGCACCAAAGAGUCUACACAUAUAUUCAGUCUCGAUUUUAUAGGGCACCAGAGGUAAUUCUUGGAAGUCGCUAUGGGAUGCCCAUAGAUAUGUGGAGUUUUGGCUGUAUUCUGGUGGAACUAUUGACUGGAUACCCUCUUUUUCCUGGAGAGGAUGAGGGAGACCAGUUGGCUUGUAUGAUGGAACUUCUUGGAAUGCCACCUCAGAAGCUUUUGGAUCAGUCCAAGCGAGCCAAGAACUUCAUCAACUCGAAGGGUCAUCCUCGCUACUGCACUGUAACUGCACACGCAGAUGGAAGAGUGACCCUUAAUGGGAGUCGAUCGCGCAGGGGUAAACUCCGAGGUGCUCCAGGGAACAAAGACUGGGUGACAGCGUUAAAAGGCUGUGAUGAUCCCUUGUUUAUAGAGUUCUUAAAAGAAUGUCUUAGCUGGGAUCCUUCUGCACGCAUGACUCCGAGUCAAGCUUUAAGGCACCCUUGGAUUUGUAAACGAGCACCCAAACCACCCAGCACUGAUAAAACCUCCAGUAAACGGAUAUCUAAUUAUACAAGUUCUUUCCCAGGAAUAGGUUCCAAAUUGCCUCCUGUAGUUGGAGUAGCAAACAAGCUGAGGGCUAAUUUAACAUCUGACUCCAAUGGCAGUAUACCUCUAUGUACUGUGCUACCAAAACUGGUUAGUUAGUAGAGAAUUAUGUAUUUCCAGAAUACAUACCUUCUAUUUUAAUUGUUUGUUAAUAACAUGUAAGGAAGUUAAAUGCAGAGGUUUUUAAUGGAUUUACUUUUUAUUAAAUGCUAAAUUUUGAAUAUAAAAAGUUCAAUCAAAAUAUGAACAUUUAAAGGGCUAACUUUUAUCAAAUUUUCUCAGUUGCGAUGUGGCGCAUAAUGCAUCACUUGAUAGGUCGGCACAUCUGUUAGGUUGAGUAAGAUGACACUUUAACAGAUGUACUGUUUAAUAAUGCUGUUUUAGAAAUCAAACUAUUUCUUAUCAAGAUGGCUUAACAGAUUCUUUGGCAUAAGAUGGCAAGGGAAAUUGAUUUUAAAAUACGUUCUUUAAGUUAAUCCCCAUGUGAACUCUUUUUAUUUUGGGGAGAUUUUUUACAUCUGUUGUCAAAAGCACAAAUGUGCUAGUGUAAUGCAUUAGGAAGUUUUGCUUGCGAACGGCUAACUUAUGUUUGAAGAUUUUGAUUUCUCUGCGCUGCUUUUCCCUUAUCCGUACUGUCUGAGAUCUCAGAAAAAUACCAGAGGAUAUAGCCACCAGAGGAAUUUGGUGUCAAAAUGUCAUAGUCUGAUUUUUUUCGAAGAAGCCUAGAGUUGUCAUGGAACACAGGCUAUACCUGAAUAAAACUACUAACUUCUGCUACGCUUGCUAUUUCCCUUCAAAAUCAGGGGGAAUUUAGUCAGGGGAAAAGUCAGGGGAGUUUAAAAUUGGAACUGGCCCAUCCCAUCACAAGCAUGGGCCAGUUUGUUCAGAACUAAUGAAUUAAUUACACAUUUAUUUGAAGCUUGAAUUUAAAUAUCCAGUUUUGCCAGAUGCGGGGGGUGUGUUGUUUUUUUUCCCCUGUGUCAUUCCCAAAGCAAAAGUGUUGAACUUAAAGUUAACUGUUGAUACUAGAGGCCGCUUUAUACCUGUUUGAGAUUCUGGUCGUUUAAAUUUUUUUUUGUGCGUGUGUGUAGAGUGAGUGCCAUAGAACUACAUGGAGCUCUUUUUAUUGAAAAACAAACAUGCCAUCCCUGUCAGACAAGUAAAAUUUUAAGGGCCAGCCCUGUAACUAGAAACCAUGUGUGGGACAGGCCUAAUAAUUGGAAGAGUGCUCUGAAGUCUAAUCUGUGAAAUAUCAGGAAAGACUGAUAAGGUACAGACAAACUGGUGGAUCCAAAUCCAAAUACGUUAUGGGAAGAAUUGCUUUAUUUCUAAUCAUAUUCCUUCAGGCUUUCAAAAGAGAGAUGCCUAAGUUUUUGUAUGCUUGAAGUAUGUAAGCUUGUAUUUCCUUUAUCUUCCAAGAACAUAAAAUGGUGGUGUGACCUAUAAUGACAACAGCACAACUCUCUCAGGUUUUUACUCCUUGGAGCCACAUGGCCUGAAUCCAUUUACAAAAACGUCUGAUCUCUUGCCAGGUGCUUGAAAACAAUUUUAAAUACAGUGUAGAGCUUUUAAGAGCAGAGUGUUUUAUAUUUAAUGAGUUUCUCUGUAGCAAGUUUUUAAUGUUAAAACAAGGAGACUGUCUGUAUACAAUCAAAGGAAUUAUCUGUGUGAUCUUUAGGAUAAGUUGACCAAAUGUUCAAUACAAGACCCUUGUUCUGAGAAGAUGGGGCUGUGUUUUCUCCUCUGUUAUCUUUAAUUACAGUACUGGUGAAAUGCUGGAUGGAAGGCUGCAUAAAGAGAAAAAAAAGUCAGAAAGGCAGAGCCCAAACUCCAGGCUUUCCAAGCCUGUUUAAACUGACGUUCUUACAUAUUUAACUUUUCUGAGUUCUUUCAUUUUACAAGUGUCGAUUCAGUAAGGUUUAGUAAUCAUAUUAAAAUAACAGUCUAGCUUUUAUCCAUGCAGUUACAAGUAAGACCAGUGUGUAUGGUACGUUCAUGGUUCACUUCUUAAUAAUGCAUGACCAAUGCUUUUUUAUUUUACUCAACUGAGUUAAAUUUUAUUUGAAUGGAGAAUCAGGGAAGCAGAUUUUAUAGAAGUGCUAGAAGAUACCAUGAUUUCACAAAUUCUCUAGUAGAUGUGGCACACUUCCAGAAGCAAGAAACAUUCUUCUCCUUCCUCUGCCCUUCACUCUGUUUAUUUUGUAUGAAAUAUACCUGGGCAGGGAGAAGGAAAGGACCUCUAAGUAGCAAUGGCUUGGUAAGAAAGAUGCAUAGAAAAAGAGCACUUUGUAUGUUGAGGCUGUAAAGUGAUGGUAGUGCCUAAAACCUAUAGGUAGAUAGGAGAGCCUUCAUGUGCUACGAGCUGUACAAGCAAAAGACAAAACAGCCCGUCCCUUGGGAAGAAUGAAUAUUAUCCUGGUUCAGAAAUAACUUUCACCUAUCAAAUGCCAAACUUAGAGUGAUUAUUCUACUAUGACUUCUGGGAACUGAUUACUCUGAGGUAACCUCUAAUGUAACAGCCUUUUGUACACAUACAGUGCCGUCAUUUGAGGCUCAUGCUGUGAAACGAGAAAUAUAGUAAUUAGCAGGCAAGAACCCUGCUUCUUAUCUAGAAGGUGUGUUCACCUUGACCUGAUUGAGCAAGGUGCCCUUUAUGAGAUAUAUGUUGAAGAUCUUUCUUAUUUGGAACUACUCUUAUGGUUUAAAAUCAAACACAUAGUUAACUAUCUUGCUGAUUUGGAGCUCUUGUCUAUAUAACUAUAGUAGAUGAGAAGGAAAAGGAAGCAGUCUCAAAGGAUUUCAGCUGUGUGGAAAAGGAUGUCUUCAAAACCCAGAGAAUAAUACAGUUGAGUACGUUUCAUCAUUACUUCCGUUUCUUAAGCCCCGUUUUUCUUUAUACAAUGUUUGCUUUCCAAAGAAUAGCGUUACCUGAUACUCCCAAACCAGGAAACCAUUUAAAGUAGAUAAUAAACCUCAUGUCUGGGAGAGAGCUUAGGAAUCAUCCCUGUACAUACUUUGCACGUAGAAUCCCCUGUGAAGUAGUAUAGGAGUUGUACGCAGCCACACUUACAGGGUUGGAAGGCAGACUGCGUUGUUGAACAGUGUCAUUUAUAGAUGACAGCCAUGCUCGUACAGGCUGUCUCGACGAAGAUACAGCAGAAUCUCACAAACUCACACUUUAUUUUUUGGAAAGGUAAAUGCUAAUGAGGUCUGAAAUUGUCAAAGGUUCAUCAGUUCUAGUGUUUGUGGUACUGGUUAGAGUGUUAAAAACAGUAUAAAACUAAAUUUGUCCAAACAGACUAACAGAAUAGUUUUUCAUUUUGUGAUAACUCUCUAUUUUGCGAAUUUGUUAGUCUGCCAGUGUUAGUGAGGUUCUACUGUAACUUAAAGCAUGUUCUCCUUGGAAGUUGGCACAAAACAAAUACAAAUGACUUAGAAGUGUGACAUUGUUUUGUUGUAAAUCUAAGACUUUAAUGAAAUCACCUGAACUUUUUUAAAAAAAAGUUUCUUAUAAUAUUCCUUCUGUUUUACUACAUUGUUAGUCUCUGUAUUGUAAAUAACAUGUUCUGUUUUAGCUGUUUGUUUUAGCAAUAUUUCUUACAUCAAUGACUGAUAAGAGCACAAGUGUCAAAUAUGAAUGAUAAACAUUACUUUUACACUGGGAUCCAAAUAUUAUCUGAUUGUUCAAGUUGCAAGGAGAAAGUUGUUCUUUUGGGUUUUUUUGUUUUAAAACUCAGUGGGACAAUGGAGUAUUCUUCCACUAUGCAACGUGGUAUUACAGACAGACAUCAAAACAGACUGCUUUUGGUUCUUUACAGGCUUGAUCUUACUUAACACCAACUGUUGAAUAUGGAACUUCUGUUUUAAAAUAGUGAGGUCUUCCACAUGAAGCAGACGCUCCACAGAAUUUUUUGUUUUUCUUCUUACGCAGUUUGAAUAAGAGUUCUAGUCUUAUGGCAAUGGAAGAAUUCAGAACAAAGUAAUUGGAAGGUUUUGUGGCAAUUUUUAUGAAAGAGUAGGCGUGUUGCUCAAUCUGAAGUUGUUUACAAUAAUUGUGACCUGUUAAGACUUUGAUGCAUUUGAAGACUUUUUAAGUCGUAGGAAUCUUUAAAAUAAUUAUUUAUCAUUAGAGGGGUCUUUGCAAUAGUCAUCCUCUUUAAAACUACCUCUGAAAUAAAUCUAGGGCCCUUUUUUAAAGGGAUAUUCACUGCAAACUAUAGUUCUCUUUCUUGAUACUAAUAGUUGUUUUGGCUGUGAAACAUACACAUGAUGAUCUCAGCAAUGUCUUACUAAUCCUAGCCAUACAAGCAAAAGGCUGAUUCUGCACCCAGAGAUCUGUGCUGAAAUGAUUGAUACAAAUCCCCUGCCUGCCAAAGUUUAAUACUGUUGUAGAAGUAAAAAGCCAAAAUAAUAUGGAAAGAUCUGCAGUACUUCUAUGCAGUACCCAACUGAGAUUUAAAAACAAACUGCAGCAAAAGAGUUUCUUAAUGAAAAAGCUGCAGUUUUUCUCAUGUGGUGAGCACUAGGAAUUGUGCAUACCUGGCAAUUUUGAAAAAAUUGGACAUCAAGUUUUUGUACUUGGUGUAUACCAGUGUUAUUACUUUUUUCUUUUUAAUAUUUUUCUUUUGAUAAGAGUUUGAAGAAAUCAUACUUCAUACUUCCAAUAAAAGAUCUCUUGAGUGUUCUGAAACUCCAUUGAUACCUUACUGUUUUAUAAUUCCCACUGCAACAUGUAAAAUCCUUGAGUCCUCAGAACAGUCUUGGAUAGGUGAACAUUGUCCUCGCUGUGUUUGAAAGGGUGCAAUGAUUUUAAUCCAAUUACAGUUCUUA